UGUCUCGGCAUACACCUGACCAUGACGAAAAGUCGCGCAAUAGCCAAUCGGAGAGGGGAAUGAGGGGGAAAAGGUAUUUCAGAAGCCGUGCUAAACAGCGGCGUUUUUCGGAGCUGCUGUUGGAGCGGAGAGUCGGUGCUUGCUCAGAUUCCCGAGUCCUGCAGAGGAGCUGCCGUUGGAAUGUUCCAGAGCUGAAUGAUGGCAACGAACGAAAGUUUUGCCAUACUGAAUUCUGCUUACUUGGCUGUAGAAUAUAUAGACUCUUUCUUGCCCCAGAAUCCACUGCAGCAGCCAUUUAAAAAUGCUUGGAUCUCUAUGCUAAGUAACUAUACUAAAUUCCAGAUUGCAACCUGGGGGUCCCUUCUCGUCCAUGAGUUGGCAUAUUUCUUCAUUUGCUUGCCUGGAUUUGUUUUUCAGUUUAUACCUUACAUGCAAAAGUAUAAAAUACAACAGGAUAAGCCAGAAACAUGGGAAAAACAAUGGAGGUGUUUCAAAACAAUUAUGUUCAACCACUUCUUCAUUCAGUUGCCAUUGAUCUGUGGCACUUACUAUUUCACGGAAUAUUUUAACAUUCCUUAUGACUGGGACCACAUGCCGAGAUGGUUUGUGAUAGUUGCCCAGUGUUUUGGGUGUGCGGUGAUUGAGGACACCUGGCAUUAUUUUCUGCAUAGACUCCUGCAUCAUAAGAGACUAUACAAGUAUAUCCACAAAGUGCAUCAUGAGUUUGUUGCUCCAUUUGGGAUGCAAGCAGAAUAUGCUCACCCUCUGGAAACUCUGAUCCUUGGGACUGGAUUUUUUAUUGGAAUAGUUAUCUUCUGUAAUCACGUGAUUCUUUUGUGGGCAUGGGUAAUUUGUCGCUUGCUGGAGACUAUUGAUGUCCACAGUGGCUAUGAUAUUCCUCUGAAUCCCUUGCAUUUGGUGCCUUUCUAUGGUGGGGCUUGCUUUCAUGACUUCCAUCACAUGAACUUCAUUGGCAACUAUUCUUCAACCUUCACAUGGUGGGAUAAAAUCUUUGGAACAGACUCUCAGUACCAAUCCUACGUGGAAAAAAUGAAGAAACAGGAGCAUAUGAAGAAAAAGACCAACUAAAUCCUGCCACUGUAAAGGGGAAAGGGCUGCAGCACCAGACAGCUGCUAAUGGCUGCCAUGCACUUUUGCUUAAAACUGGAAGGUAUAACACAUGUUGCAGUACUAAAGCAAAGUCUGCUUUAAAGAAAGCCCCAGUACAAGCCUUCUGAUGCUUUGUCAUGUAGGAGGGAAAACCUGUAGCAUCCUAAUGGGAAUGCAGUGCUGUUCUAUAAAAAAGUAAAAGCACAUGGGUAAUGAAAGUAAAUGUAUUCGCAAGUUUUGUAUUUACAAAUGAGUCCUUUACCUUUGGAUUGAACUAGUAAACACCUCUGUGGUACAAAUGUUAAACUUUUUAGAACUUGUAAAGUACAACCAGGAAAAUAGAGGUUUUUACCAGUUUUUGAGGAGGAAUUUCUUGGGAGCAGCAAUACUGAAGAACUUUUUGGCAAACAAUUUGCACAUGCUAAUAGGUCUUAAUUCCAAAACCUUUCACAGUCUAUUGUCAGUAAAUAUUUUUCCUCUUGCAAAGAGCCUUUUUAUUCUGUUUUACAAAAUCUGUUCCAUCAGUGUGCUUCCAUUGCAUAACGAUUUGUAAACUACUGAGCUAUUGGUACAUUUGUGUCUUGUAAAAUAACAUAGGGUUGAUCUGAUGUUUGUUUAUGUUCACUGUGGAACAAAUAAAACGAUCCUGGCUUUUA